AUGGUACGCCCCAAACCGGAAGUGAAGGCGGCGGCGGCGGCGGUGGCGUUCGCGCGCGCUGAGCCCUCGCGAUGGUUGCGGCCCAUCAUGCGUCUCCGCGGCGGCUGCGGGGCCCCGGGCCGGGGGCGGGCGAUCCGGGAGGUGCGGGUCGGGGUCGCCGUGUUCUGCGCCGUGGCCGCGGUGUUCGUCCUCACGCUGCCCCCCUCGCUGCCCGGGGGAGACGCGGGGGAACUGAUCACAGCCGCCCAUGAGCUUGGAGUUGCCCAUCCUCCUGGCUACCCCUUGUUCACCCUGGUGGCCAAGCUGGUGACUGUCCUCUUUCCUUUUGGCUCCGUUGCCUUCCGAGUCAAUCUUCUCUGUGGCUUGUUUGGAGCAGUAGCAGCGUCGUUACUUUUUUCCACCGUUUUCAGGCUUUCUGGCUCCCUUGCUGGAGGAAUCCUUGCUGCGGGGGUGUUUUCAUUUUCUCGGCUCACAUGGCAGUGGUCCAUCGCGGCAGAGGUUUUCAGCUUGAACAAUCUGUUUGUGGGGCUGCUGAUGGCUCUCACCGUACAUUUUGAGAAGGCAGAAACAGCAGAGGGAAGAUCAAAGAUUGCUAAAAUUGGUGCUUUCUGCUGUGGCCUUAGCUUAUGUAAUCAGCACACAAUAGUGCUCUAUAUUUUGUGCAUAAUACCUUGGAUUCUCUUGCGACUUCUUAAAGAGAAGGAACUCUCACCCGGCCUUCUGCUGAAGUUGAGCUUGUUCUUUGCUGCUGGGUUGCUGCCCUAUGUCUACCUUCCCAUCUCGUCCUCCCUCAGUCGAGCCCGCUGGACCUGGGGAGACCAGACCACGUGGGCUGGAUUUUUAACCCAUUUGCUCAGGGAAGAAUAUGGAACAUUCAGUCUGGCCAAAUCUGAAGUUGGAUCCAGUAUGUCUGAGAUACUGCUUUCUCAGAUAACAAAUAUGAGGACAGAACUCUCAUUCAACAUUCAAGCACUGGCAGUGUGGGCAAAUCUAUGUCUACCUAAAAAGGACAGACAGACUUCAUCAUUAGUAUGGCUUUUUACUGGAAUGCUUUGCAUUUAUUCACUGUUCUUUGCUUGGAGGGCAAAUUUAGAUAUUUCAAAGCCACUUUUCAUGGGUGUGGUGGAACGAUUCUGGAUGCAGAGCAAUGCGGUGGUGGCUGUCCUCGCUGGCAUUGGUUUGUCUGCCCUUGUUUCAGAGUGUCACCGGAUGCUGAAUGUUGGCAGACUCCAGUGCCUGGAAUGGAUUUCAGCCACUCUUUUUGUGACUUACCAAAUAUAUUCCAAUUAUAGCGUUUGUGACCAAAGGACCAACUAUGUGAUCGACAAAUUUGCAAAGAAUCUUCUAGCUUCUAUGCCUCAUGAUGCUAUUAUCUUACUCCGAGGAGACCUUCCAGGAAAUUCUCUCCGUUAUCUGCAUUAUUGCGAAGGACUGAGGCCAGAUGUUUCAUUGGUGGAUCAGGAAAUGAUGACUUACGAGUGGUAUUUACCCAAGAUGGCAAACCAUUUACCAGGUGUUAAGUUUCCUGGGAACCGGUGGAAUCCUGUGGAAGGAAUAUUACCUGGUGGAAUGGUCACAUUUAAUCUUGAUCAUUUUCUUGAAAUAAAUAAACAAAAAGAAAUCUUCGUUUGUAUAGGAACUCAUGAAGGUGACCCCACUUGGAAGAAGAACUAUUCACUCUGGCCGUGGGGUUCUUGUGACAAAUUUGUUCCUUUGAAGAAUAUAUUUGUCCCUGAGAAAUGGAUAAAACUUACAAGAAAUCUCUAUAACUGGACUGAGGAGUAUGGAAGAUUCGAUCCUUCAUCUUGGGAAUCUGUGGCCAAUGAGGAGAUGUGGCAAGCGAGGAUGAAGACCCCCUUCUUCAUCUUCAGCUUGGCAGAAUCUGCCAACAUGCCCGCCACUGUGAAAGCUGAACUCUACACUCAUGCAUAUAAUCUUUAUAAGGACCUUGUCUCUUCACAAAAGCUCCACCCUGUGAACUGGCACAAAAACUAUGCCAUCGCCUGCGAGCGGAUGCUGCGUCUCAGGGAAAGCGGUGCCACCCCUGAAGUCUUGCUCUCAGAAACCAUCAGACAUUUCCAUCUCUACACCCAGAGAGCCCAGGAUGAUCCACAGCUGGCUGACAUUGUGGCUGCUGUAAAGCACCUAAGAAAGGAACUGCGGAGUCUGAGAAAUAUGAAAAAUUUCCGAGGCAGCAAAAUGUGAUAAACCUGCUAGGGUUCGGCAUCCAGAAUGCUCCAGUCCCAAAGUUCUCUGUCUGAGAAGAGAAAAUAUGUGAAAAGCUGAGACUCUCAUCUCUCAGACUGGAGAACAAUACCUGGCUCAGCAGUGUUGGGGAGACUGGGGGUGGCUGUUCAGGACUACGAUGUGUUCUUUCCUCAAAUUCUGUUUUUUCACGUGACCAAAUUUGUAUUUCAGGGAGACUCGUUGUGGAAAUCUU